GACUAUGUUUCCCUGUAAAGAGGGAGCACCAGGUUAUGCAAAAACGUUUGCAUUUCUUGGGUCACUUUUUCCUUGUUAUCGGUGUAAUAGGAAGUAUUUCAGCGAUCUACAAUGGCACGUAACCACUACGACUACGUGCACCAACUUCUGUGCUCAACGACGAUUUCUAAGUUACAAUUCCUUUUCUAUAUCGAAGAUGUAUGCGAUGCAGAAAAAGCAAAAGAAGGCGCACGAAGGAAACCUCGAAUGGGAUUGUGUAGGUGGUAUACGACGCCGAAAAAGUAGCCUGGGCCAUCGACCACUUCAAUCAUCUAUACAAGCUCGUAAAGAGGCAGAAAUGAUGUUUCCGAAGACCCUCAAAAGUGGUCGCCCUGAGCAGCUUAACACGCGGUCUCAGCAGAUUUAUUUUCAAAAUCCAAGGAACGCUGAAGAAUUUUUGAAACAGCAACAAAUCGAUCGUGAAUACGUCCAGCGAAUGCGAGAGGCGGAGCAGGGCAAAGAUGUUGAUCGUCGCUUCUUCUCACGAAUUAAGGACUACCGGGAUAUCACAGACCCUGACCCGUAUGCAGCGGUCUUUGGCGAGAGUGCCAGUACGCACCGUCUACGCACUGCCGCCUGGCAGCGCCAAUUUGAGAAGGAGAACGAAGAUGUGGAGCUUCCAUAUGAGCGGACCAACUCCAUUGCGCGGUUGGCACCAAACUGGUUCGUACGUUACUUAGUAAAUUUACGCGAUCAAGGCGGUUCGGAUCAUCUAUACUUCUUGGUGGCUCUUGGGUUUUUAACUUUGACUUUGCUGGGCGGUGUGAUUUAUCUGUUCCGAGCACCUCCUAGCAAGUCCAAACCCACUAGUGAGAUUCGGUGAGUAAUCAGCUCAUAAGACUGAGUUUAGGCGUCUGAAAAGUCAUUCGGAUCUGUGGAGAAGAUAUUUUCCGCCCCUUACUACUCUGCCACGUUUUCAAAGGUGAAUACGUCGUGAAAGGUUGCACACAUUGUGUCUCUUGACGAGGUUCAACUACUGUUCCUUGUUGAUGCGUUUUUAUGUACAUCAACGUGUACACAAAGUUUAUGGUUCGACCCCAGUUCUGCGUCUAAUUUCGAAUGAAUUCAACUGAAGGCUGAAAAAAUAGUGGAUACAGGUUAUUUUUAA